AUGCCUGGCAAGGUCGAGUUUUGGCUGCUCUUCAAUUUUUUGCGUUGAAAAAUUUUUCAGAAAUCGAAAAGUGGUGGCGGCAAAGGCGCAAAAUCGGUCAGCAAACACAUAUCAAGCAAAAUAACGACAAUUUUCAGAAAACCAAAGUUUCAAAAGGGAAAAUGGCUAAGAAAAGCAAAAACAAGGGAACAAAGUCGAAGGUCUCGAAAGGACCCAAAAACAAGAAUUCAAAGGUUUAACUUCACCUUUUUUAAAUAAGUUUUCGGCUUCAAGUGAAUGUUCAGAUGGCUAACAAGCGAGGAUCUAAGAACAAGCCAGCGAAGAAGAGCAAAGGGAACAAAAAGGUGGUCCCGAAUCGAACGAAUCGUUAUUGCUUUUGAGGUUCCUCCCAAGAAUAAGCCUGGUGCUGGAGCCGCCAGCGACGAAGGCAGCGAUGACGUCGAUUUUGAGGUUCGUGAUAAGUUAAAGAGCUGAGUGGAUCACAAUUCAAUGAGAAACUCAAUAAAAUGAUUGUGUUCUCACGUUUGAACGGGAAGUUUGAGGAGUUGGGUGAGACUUCACCCGAUGGCACGUCGAAACCUGCCAAAAGCUCCAACGAAAACCAUUCGGAGAAGUUACAGGUGACUCAUGGUUUUAUACCCAGAAAACACGUUCCGAAAUUCCUAGCCGAGCGCUGCAGAAAUUGAAGAUGAACUGGACGACGAAGACGGUGAUGAGAAUCAGGAGCCUUCGCAGAACCCUGACCGAAUAAGGAGCGGGGAGAAAAACAAGCAUCAGUCGCCGGACAACGAGGACGACAAAAAGGACAACGAGAAGGUACAAAACGAGCCUACCUGAAGUCUUCCUCUCUUCCUCUUUUUUUCGAUUCCAUAAAGCUUUGUUCUGUUCUUUUCGAGAUAUGCAGAUUUCUGCUGACAAAUUUCUCUCCUUCAGGAACUCGGGUCUCUGAAAUGUUCGGCAUGUUCAACGACGGAUGAGGUUCAUCUUUUAGUUUCCUAGAAAAACAACAAUCUUGUUCAAUUUGGGCGGUAGAACGGUUACGUGUGGCGUUUAUGUUAAGAUUGAACUUAGAACCCCUUUUUCUCCUUCUUUGAUAUCAAGGAGACGCUCCAACUUAUUGAAACACAUUUAGAGCGAGAACAAGAACCUAAAAAGCAUUCUAUCUUUACUUUUCACCUGAUUUUUCAAGAGUUGAAAGCUUUUGAAGGUGAGAAUUGUCUUACGUCAAUGCGGCCACGUGACAUGCGUCCCUUGUGCACUGAACUAUCUCAAGGUCUGACUAGAAUUAGUUAGCAAUUUUCUCUUUAUGUAUAUUAAGAUGAAAAUUCUGGUGGAGGGAUCGGCCAGAAUAAAAUGUCCGAAGGAAACGUGCAAACUUCGGCUCCAUGAAAACGACGUCAAUGCUCUUCUUGAUGAGAAAGAAGUAGUUCUCAACCUUUCCUCUAAAAAAAAUCAUCUUUGCAGCCGGCUCUAGACGACUAUAUGCCAAGAGAGCAUCGCAUAUUCCUUCAGUAUAAACACAACAAACACUCAACUUUUUGCGCUAUUCCGCAAAUUAUCAAAAGAUGUCCUUUUUGCAAGGUUGUGAGAUUCAUGAAAAAAGUUCAACUAAACGAAAAUGCCCCAUGCUGGAAUCGAACCAGCGACCUUCUGUUUACAAGACAGACGCUCUGCCACUAAGCCAAUGAGGCGCGCGGCAGAGAGUAACUAGACAGCCAACUAGACAGCGGCGCAAAAGAACGUCAAGGAGGGAAGUCUGACUCUGAGAUUCGAAAGUUAGGAACUCGCAGAAUCAACAUGUAUAAAUCAGAAAGAAAAUCGAUUGAACAGGAAUUUAGAAGAAAAUCAAUUGAAUUUAGUCUGUUCCGGUUUUAAAUGUCCAGCAGCUAUAGCUGUAAAGCUUAUAACUCCGCCCCUACUGGCACAGUCUCUUUUCGCUUCGAUUUUUUAUCGCGCGGGAUGAUUUUUGAUUUUUUUUUUGUUCCAUAGUCUGUUCCGAUUUUGAUUGUCAAGCAGCUAACUCCGCCUCUGCUGAGACGGUACCUUUUCGCGUCGAAGUUUUAUCGCGCGGGACUAAUUUUGAUCUUUUUUGAUCUAAAAGAUAGAAAAAUAAGUCAAAAAUGCAGCCAUGUUAAAGUUUUAUCGUCAUCUGCGAUGAAAUAUUGACGCGAAAGAUAUUGUAGCCUUGGGGGUAGAGUUAGCUACUUGGCAUUCAAAAUCUGAACAGAAAAUAGGAAUUCAGAAUUGUAUCUUCUUCUUAAACUCUCGUCCACAAACCGUUUGUGACAAACGUAAGUUGCAGUGGGACCUUCUUGAUCGGAAAUAUAGGUGUUUAUAAUAAGUUUGAGAAUUAAAUGAGGGUUUGUUCGUAAUUUAAGCCCAGUUUUUAAAGAACUACACCGGUAGAAGUGAUCACAAAGCGGCUUAUUUAUCCGCAAAAAUUUAUUCAGGCGCAGAGAUCGUUAAAGCUUUUACAAUAAAAUGGAAUAAAAACUUUCAUUCUUAAAAAAAUUCUAUUUGCGGCGCUUUCUUACAUUCAAAUUUUCGCAUCAUCUUUUUUUUAAUUUUCGGACUUCUAGUUUUCUUCAACUUGAAGACUUCAAGUAUGCAAAUGAAUAAGAGGCUUUGAUGAAAAAAAAUGUGUGACCUUCUUCUCUGCGAAACUUGAAAAAGUCGUAGAGGAUUCUGAAGAAAAGAGCCAUUUUUCAUUUCAAGAAAAAUUCCAGUCGUUAUACACACACGAAGAAGGCUGCAACUACGUGAGGUGCGCGAAUAAGGCUUGUCGGACCAAUUUCUGCUGGCCUUGCGGCAAUCCGAUCGGCCUUCCAGUCAGCCACUACACCUACGGUAAGUGAGGUCGAGUUCGGUCAGGUACGGCUUCAGCUUCUUCUUGUCGCCUUGGCUACAAGGACCUCGAGAAAAGUCUUUAUCCGCUUCGGAUGCUCAUCGAGGUGCACAUUGUCGCGCUUGUCAUCGGCUUCCCUGCCGCCGUCCUUUUCUGUUACUUGGCAUGCUUCUUCUCAUGCGAUCACCUCCUUAUAUGUUUUUUUCAACUUCAGUACAUCCCGAUGUUGGUUUUCGUUGCCGUGCCAUACAGUCUGAUGCGUCAAGCGUGGCUGGACGCGACGGAACGGACCGACUUGCUGACGCCGGCGGAGAAGGCCAUUCUUCUCUUCAAAGUGAGCUGCUGCGGCUAGAUUUCAGACUCAGCGGUUUUAAGCUCACGAUGAAGCUUCUCACCGGCCUUCUCAUUGCCAUGCCCAUCUCCCUCGGAAGCUUAAUCUCCUCUCUAUUUCUCCUCAGCCUCUAUAGUUCCAUUUUAAUCGUCAAAAUGUCUCCCUACGGCAACGUAAGAUUCAAAAUUUCAUCUUACUGUGUUGACUCCUUGUCUAACUGAACUAGUUGCAGAGCAGAAGAAAGUAUGAGAGAGUGCUUUGCGUGGUCCGAUGGGUAGGGCGGCUCUUCAGGAUCGGCCCCUAUGGCGAGCUUCUCAAGGAGGCUGAGAAAAACAGAGAGGAGCUGCACAAGAGGUUCGACCAGUGCAACGACUCGAGCGAACGCGGCAAGAUCACUGGUUCAAUUAAAUUUACCAGGGAAUUCCUACCUCAUUUAUUUCAGACCUCGAAUCUGGUUCUUCUUCGAACGGCAAAAAGGCCUCUUCUGCCAAAGCCGAAAAUGACUACGUUGUCAGAAUUGGAGACAAGAAAAAUUAG